AUAUGCAGCGUCAGAGUGGAAAAGAAAAAGGUACAUUCUAAGUCCCUAGCUUAUUGUCUGCGCGAGUCGGUUCGGCAUAAUUCCUCACAUAGAUACGUGUAUUAUUCUCGGGGUUUUAUAUAGUUGAAUUCCUACUAGGAGGUCGACAGAGACCGCUUGGUCGGUUGUGUUGCAAAAUAUCAGACUUCAACUGGGUUUCUGGUGUUAUUCCUUUGUAAAUACUCUUAUUUGUAUAUACUGUAAAUUAUGACAUCAGUGGGCGGAAACCGAGCCCGCGGCAGCUGGGAGCAGCAGACGCAGACAGGCCAGACGCAGACAGGCCAGACACAGAGCCAGACACAGCACAAGCAGAGGCCUCAGGCCACUGCUGAGCAGAUCCGACUCGCGCAGAUGAUUUCGGACCACAAUGAUGCUGACUUUGAAGAGAAAGUCAAGCAGCUGAUUGACAUCACAGGCAAGGACCAGGAUGAGUCCAUGAUCGCGCUGCACGACUGCAACGGAGAUGUCAACAGAGCCAUCAAUGUGUUGCUGGAGGGUAGCCCAGAUACUGACUCUUGGGAGAUGGUGGGAAAGAAGAAAGGAGUGUCUGGUCAGAAGGAGCCUGGCCAUGCCGAGACCGGAGAGGAAGGAAAGGAUAACAGGGAGAGGGGAGCAGAGAGGGACGUGGCACGUCGUAGAGGUGGGGCCCCACGCAGGGGCCGGGGGGCCAGCAGGGGACGAGAGUUCCGUGGACAGGAGAAUGGUCUGGAUGGAGGAAAGGCUGCUGGGAUAGCAGGCAGGGGCACAGAGCGAGGCCACAGGGGGAGAGGCAGAGGAAGAGGGGAAGAGCGUGAGCGAGGCAGGCGAGGGGGCAGGUUUUCAGCACAGGGCAUGGGCCAGAUUGAUAAGGGGCCCAGAUAUGAUUUUUCAGGAGAAGAGAGAACGUUCAACCCGGCAGACUACGCUGAGCCGACCCAGACAGAGGAGAGCUACGGCAGGGGAAGCACCUGGAACAACACAGGCAACCUGGAGCCAGAGGAAGGAGCCAGGAUUGAGUAUACAGCGGGAGGAGAGGGAACAAAUUACCAACCCAAAUUUGACUCUGUACCUAGUGCCUGGAGGAGCGCAACAGAAGAGUGGGGUACUGAGGACUGGAAUGAGGACCUGUCAGAGACCAAGAUCUUCACAGCCUCCAGUGUGGCCUCCAUGCCACUCCCCCGGGAGAAUGUCACCAUCACUGCAGGACAGCGGAUUGACCUGGCUGUGCUGUUGGGGAAGACUCCCCCAUCCUCCUCAGAGGCCCUGGGCCCCAUGAAGGCCAGCCAGCCCCCCUCUCUCCCCCAGUCACUGGUCUUCAGCAACUCCAAGCAGGGUGUGCCGCUGUCACAUCCCCCCUCCAGCAGCACCCCUUACAACCAGCACAGCGUGGUGAGCAUGCUAAGCAAGGGCUUCGGUGAAGUAGGGGACCCUAAAGGAGGCAGCACAGGGACGACCAGCGGCUCCCAGUUCUUGGAGCAGUUUAAGACUGCCCAGGCCUUGGCUCAGCUGGCUGCCCAGCACUCCCAAACAGGACAACCUACCCCCUCCUCCUGGGACACCAGCCCUGCAGCGCUGGGCCAGUAUGACAUGAACGCCCAGCCGGAGCCUGCGGCCCAUAGCCCCUUCACAAAGCGCCAGCCCUACCAAUCCACCUCCGUGUUGGAUACCUUCCUCCCCCCUGCCGUCUCCUCCUCCCUGCCCCCACAGAGCACCCCCCCGUCCCUCAUGGCGCCCCCCGUGUCCUCCCUCCCCAAAAUGGCGGUGCCCCCUAGCUCGCCGGACGCCCAGGACUCCAGCCCCCUGCCAUUGCAGCAGCACAAGCUCAAGCAGCAGAAGAAGAGGACCUCCAUCACCACCAAGAUCCCAGCGACGCCGGUGGAGAUGCCUGGCUCGGCAGACAUCUCUGGGCUCAACCUGCAGUUUGGAGCGCUGCAGUUUGGCUCUGAACCCGUGCUCCAGGAGUACGACAUCAUCCCCGCCACCACCUCGCCAGGCUGCCAGGUUCAGAACUGCCUCUACACAAGCCCCAGCAGUGAGGCAACUCCCUCCCUGUCCAACCCCAGUCAGAUGGACAUGUAUGACCAGAGGGCUCCUCAGGCCCGGCGCUACCCCACCGUCUCCUCCCCGCAGAAAGACAUUGAGAAUGGAUUCAGUUCAGUACAUACGCAAUCUGUAGAAGUCUGCCCAGCUGCAGCAGGAUCUGCAGUGUCUGUGAAGUCAGCCUCUGUUUCGGUCGCACCCGCGUCAGUCUCCAUGGCUACACUGACGGACAGUGGCUCAGGGCCCGCCUCCUUGUUGACCACAUCAAAGCAGUCGUCGCUCAGCGCUCUGGGGCACAAUGAAGACCUGCCCCCGAAUACCAUGUCUCAGCACAGCAAUUCCCUUUCUACACAACAGAACAGUCUUGCUCUAUCACAAGUCUGCAUAUCCAACGCCAGUCUAAUGCUCCAGAGCGUAGACAACUCCAGCUUGCACUCCUCCUCCUUCCCCUCUGUCUCGGCGGGGUCCUCGGUCCCCUCUUCCUCGUCGGUGACUGCAGCAGCUCAGCAGGUCUCCAUGGGGGCCCCUCAGCCCUCUUCAGUGAACACAGUUUCUCAGUCGGUCCCCUCGGGCCUGGGCCCCGUCAGCAGCCUAGUAGCUAUGGGCCUCCACACAGCAGCCUCCAUGGGACCUCCAGCCAUAGCCUCUGCAGCCAUGUCCACAGCAGCCCAAGCCCAGGCUAUCGCUUCCUCCGCCUCCUCACGCAGCUCUGCAGUCUCCUCAGGUCUCUUUACAGGGAAAGCACCUCCUAACCUUCCGCCUGGAGUGCCGCCUCUGCUGCCCAACCCGUACAUCAUGGCCCCCGGGCUACUCCAUGCUUACCCUCCUCAGGUGUAUGGCUAUGAUGACCUACAGAUGCUCCAGGCAAGAAUACCACUGGAUUACUACAGCAUCCCGUUUGCCACCCCCAACACAGCACUGACUGGCAGAGAUGGCAGCUUGAGCAACAACCCUUACUCUGGUGACUUAUCAAAGUUUGGUCGAGGUGACGUGUCGUCCCCGGCUCCGGCCACCACAUUGGCUCAGCAGACGCAGCAGAACCAGAGUCAGACGCACCACACCACGCAGCAGCCCUUUCUCAACCCCGCACUGCCUCCCGGCUACAGCUACACCAGCCUGCCCUACUACACCGGUGUGCCGGGCCUGCCCAACACCUUCCAGUACGGUCCCGCCAUGUUCCCGGUUGCUCCUACCUCGUCGAAGCAGCACGGUGUGAACGUUGGUGUCAACGCCUCGGCAACAGCCUUCCAGCAGGCCAGCGGCUACAGUUCCCAUGGUUACAACACUGGCUAUGAGGAUAUGGGCCAGGCUUCGGGGAGUGGGGAUUUCUGUAAGGGUGGAUAUGGCACUGCCGUGGCUGCCGCCGCUUCUGCUCAAAACAAGCAAGCCAGCUCUGUCAGCGGGCCUGGAGUCGGAGUCUCGGUCACGUCAAGCAACACGGGGGUCCCAGACAUUUCAGGGUCUGUUUACACAAAGACACAGCAGCAGCAGUCUUUUGAGAAGCAGCAGGGUUUCCAUGCAACCACACCGGCAACUUCCUUCAGCCUGCCCUCGGCCCUGGGCAGUGGUGGUCCCAUCAACCCCCCAGCCGCGGCUGGUUACGCUCCGGCCCCCUUCAUGCACAUCCUGGCACCGCACCAGCAGCCCCUCUCUCAGAUCCUGCACCACCAUCUGCAGCAGGACGGACAGAGUGGCACUGGACAGCGCAGCCAGAAUGCUUCACUUCAACAGAAAACCCAGAUCAACAAGUCUGCAUACAACAGCUACAACUGGGGGGCCAACUAACACCUGGCCCCAUGUGUCCCAAAGUCUGACAGAAAAGGGGGUAUCCUUCCCCACAAACGGUCUCCAUGUAACCCCCACUCUCUUAGAGAUCCCCUCCCCACUCUUUCUGUUCAGCACACCGGCAGUACUCACCCCUGUCAUGGGUGUCGCUGAGCUGAGAGGCAGUCUUGUAAGAGCGGGAUGGAGUUAAAUGAUUAUAGUAACAGACCAUUAAGACCAGAGUAUUGAGUGUCUGGAAUUUGUAUCAUGUCCAACCCCCCUCCCUUUCGCUCUGUUGUAUGUAACAUUGAGCUGUUUUCUAAUAUAAAUGUUUUUUGUUUUUUUUUACUGAUGGGAGGAACAAAGAUGUUGAAGGCGGGAGACAGGCUGGUUUUCUAUUCUCACCCUCUCCCCCUUAUACUUGGGCGAAAUGUAACCUUCCCACCAUAAACCCAAACUGAUUAACUUUUUCCUUUGUUUCCCAUUGAGUUUGUCCAACAUUUUAGUUUUAAGAAUGGAUUUUCUAAAUUGGCAGAGGAAUUGUGAAGUGUAUUUUUUACCAUUAUGUAUAUGUGUGUAUGCACAUGUGCGGAGUGUUUUUGUGUGUACACUGGUGGGCCUUGGGUGUGUACCGGUCCUCUCGUUACUCCCAAACGCAGUGAGUUACACACUCAUACCAUGUAAAAUGAUUUCCCAUGUUUCCUAUGUUGUAAAAUAGCUUUACCCCUGAUUAAAAAUGUAACAUUUGUAGAUUGUUGCUUAUUCUGCAAGAGUCGUACUAGAGGCCAGGGGCACACCCUUACCUACCUAUGUGUUGAAGUUGUUAUUUUUCUAAUCCCCCCCAAUAUAUUAGGAAAGCUGCAGCAAUGAUUACUAAUGGACAAAAUUGUACUAUGUUUUUGUCUGAUUUUCUUUUUGUACUGUGCGUUAAAAAAAUAUAUUUAAAUGGUUUAACUUGUCUUGUACAUAUAUAAAAAAAAAACAAGUACUGUAGUCCUUGUUUGUUCAAUGGCUUCCCCCCUUCCCUUUCUCAGAUCCUCACUUGUUACCUUUUUUGUUUCGUGGUUUAUUUUGUUUUGUAAAAAAUAUAUAAAUAUUAAGUAUAUAUAACAGGAAAAAUACAUUUUCAUCAUUUUGGAUGUGAAUGUC